AUGUCUCCCCGCCUUAUCAUGCUCGUCGCCGUCCCCGCCGCCUUCAGCUUCGCGGCAGUCGGUCAGGAUCUGAAAAGCCGGAGCCUGAGCGUCAGGUACGACGACGGGUGCCUCCUCCGUUACGCCGACGCGCCCUUCUUCGGCACCGCCGACACCCGCGACUGGAUGUUCGUCUGGGCCGUGGCGUACGUCAACGUGACGGACGCGGCCAGGAUGAACGAGACGAGGUGGCGGCUGCUGAGCGAUCUCGCGGAGAGGGCCGGCGAUGACGGUGCCCUGCGGCUGAUGAGCGGGGGCACGAGGUACACGGACGCGCGAGGCGAGGAGCAGGUUCUGUACGGGUUCGUGCACUACACCAGGGACUUGGAGGCGAGCGAGUGCACCAGGUGCCUCGUGCUCGCGCUCACCUUGUUGUCCGAGCGCAAGGAUUUGAACAGCAGCCUGGCGGGCUCCGUGAACUAA